CCACAACAGCCCAACCGGCCCGUGAUUCGUUGCAAGGUUAUGCGAAAAGAUCAAUCGGUCAGUCAUGCUUUCAACCCUUCACCCUAUCGUCAGAUAUUACUUACACCCCCCUCCCCCGCGUCCGAUGUCCCAGGCCCGUCCCAGCCGCCCAACCGAGGCCUGGCUCACUGCAGUGGUGAACCUGUAGAAUGGAUGUUGAAUCCGAUGCCCAGGCCCGUCCCAACCGCCCAUCCGAGGCCUGGUUCUUCAAGGAGUAAUACAGAAGGUGUAGUCUGUCAGCUCUUUUACCAACACCAAGCGAUAGCUUAACCACGACUUACAUGACCCAAAGCCCCCCCUCCCCGUGUCCGAUGACUCAGGCCCGUCCCUGCCACCCAACCAGGGCCUAGUUCACCGCAGUGGUGAACCCUACAGAUGUCAGUCAUACAUACUAUCAAGAAACACCUGAUGU